CGUCAGUCAGUCAGUUUUGUCCAAGCAGGGAGUUUAUACGCACGGAGGGUGGAUCAGUAAAACUGAUUCACAGAAGAUAUUUCGUUACCAUUUGGGGCACUUAUUGGACCCUAAGGUGCUACCAUAAGAUAUUGUUUUGUGUUGUGAUUAGUUGAAUAGUUACGGAUUCGUGUCGGUAGUGUUAAACGACGCGUACAGUGAUCCCUUCCUAGUCAGCAGUGCAAAGAAAAAAAAAUCGAGUGCUCCAUCAAACCCAAAUCAAAACUGGUGGUGAAGAAACCCAGAAAAGUGCCACCACAGAAUGGGUCUGAAGGACUGUCAAAUAGAAUUGGAUAAUCCCUGGAAUACGUACUAUGCCGGCCAGACGGUGAACGGGAAGGUCACAUUUACAUUUGAUUCACCGAAAAAGAUUCGAGGCAUUAUAAUAAAGUUCUCCGGAGAGGCGGAAACCAAAUGGAGCCAAACCGAAACGAAAACCGAUCAGGAAGGAAAGCAGUACGAAUCCACCACCAACCUCACCGGCCAAGAGGAGUACUUCCAGAUUCAGUACUACCUGCUGGGAGGCAAGAACAGCAAGGAAAUCGAUCUGGAGGCGGGAACUCACAGCUACCCGUUCACCUGCGCGUUGCCGCCCACUCUCCCGUCGUCGUUCGAAGGCGAAUGGGGCUUCGUGCGAUACACGAUCAAGGUUACUCUCGAUCGACCGUGGAAGUUCGAUCAGGACAUUAAGAUGGCCUUCACGGUCAUCUCGCCGGUAGAUCUCAACACGAAUCCUCGCGUCAAAGAUCCCUUCAAGUUGGAGCUGGAGAAAACCUUCUGCUGUUUCUGUUGCGCUUCCGGACCGCUGAGUAUCAUCGUGCACAUUCCCGUAACUGGGUUCGUGUCCGGUCAGACAAUUCCCCUGACGAUCGAGUGCGACAAUGCCAGUAACGUGGGAGUAGAAUCGGUGAAGUUGGUACUCCGCAAGCUGCUGGCCUUCCACGUCCACACUCCUCGCCGUGAGACGAAGAAAAAGAAGGAAGUCAUUUCGGAGGUGUCCGUUGGACCGGUAGAGGCCGGCAACAGCCAAACGUGGAACCAGAGCAUUCAGAUACCGCCGCUGCCACCGUCCAAUCUAGUCAACUGCGGAAUCAUCGACGUCGAUUACGACAUCAAGGUGGAGGCGGUCGUUUCCGGCCCGCAUGCCAACCUGGACGGUAACAUCCCGAUCGUGCUGGGAACGGUCCCGUUGAGCUCGUUCCAACCGCCGCCACCGUACACGGACAAUCCACCGGAGGUGGAUCCUUCGAUGCUGCCAACGCAGCCGGUUAGUCCCGCUAGUCCGCCGAAUGGCGCCGGUGGAGCGCUGGGAUGGAACAUCGCCGACGGAGGCGACAGCCUGUAUCCCAAUAUUCCGCCACCAACAUUCGCGGAAGCCACGUUCAAGGCACCCAACAUCUCCAGUAAAAACGACAGCGAGUUUACGCGCUUUGUGGGUCCAUCCGAGUACGCUCCACGCUAUCCAACGUACGCAUUCACGCCAUCGGCCCCGCCAGCGGAUUUGUAGACUUUUCCAGCACAACAGCGAUUUGUGUGAACAGGAUUUGCUGAUCGUCAAAAACAUUUUUUUUGUUAUUCUUUUUUACACAGUCACACUUACUGAACAAUAUAACGAUAUAUAUUUUUUUGUUUAAGGUGAAACGGGACGCCGUGUUAUUUUUCCUAUCUUGUCUCUCUUUCUAACAAUUUGCCUCGCGAUUUUGAAGAUGUUAAUCUCGAGUUCUAUCGCACUGGAGAUGCUGAAAAACUAUCAGCAUAUGCACUGCAAGUGAGCAUACACAGUGAUAGGUUUUUGUUGCAAAAUAUGAAGUAGAAUCUAAGAUUACCAUCUUAGUAGCAACAGAGCAAUGGCGGAUAUUUCCCCGACCGUCCCGUCCGCCCUUAAUAUACUUUAUAGAAACGUUAUUCAAACGACACGUCAAAACGCACAACGUCAAAACAAAAGAAACAAAAUCAUCAAUUUCUUACAUAUUAGCAGCAUACUAUCUACCUUUUCAAGAUUGUGGUCGAUCCACAGGAAGAUAUUGAAAAAUAUGGAUAAGGGAAGGAUGUCAUCUAUUAGACAGUAGAUGUAGUAAGCUAGAAGCAUUAUUUGUAUGCUAAAUACGAUUCAAGAGUAGUGUUUUUACACCACGAAUGUGCUGAGCUUACAGUCUUAUUUAGUGACGACUUCUCCAUACCUUACAAACAAAACCACUAUCCUCAUACUAUUAUGACCUAUUAACCAACAUAUAAGGUGCAGCAUGCCGUCUUUACCACUAAUACCUUCUAAGCCUUACCCAUCUUCAAAAAAGCCAGGAAGCAGACAACUGUAGCUCGAAUAAACUCUCGGAAAAGAUCACCAAAACAAUCACUUGAACUAACAUCACAUAAUUAGAAACAAGCUUGCUACAAACCUGUAGCACUCGAUCAAUUUUAUAUUUUCUUCCCGCAAAAAUAACACAAUACUAAACAAACACAACCCCUCACCUUGAACAAUCGUCAAUAUGCCAAAACCCCAACUAAUCGAACAAAGCAUGGACUGCGGAUAACGAUUAAGAACCGUUCUACAUCAGAGUGCCUAGGUUUUAAAAGCGGAACUAACUAGAACAUAAAUCAAUGGAAAAGCCAAAACCGAACGAAAAGAUUUUGAAACCAGCUUCCUAAUUAGUAAAGAAAAAAUUGCAAGCCAUGGAUGGAAUAAAUGAAGAUAGGAUUUUAACAAAGUGCAACAGUAAAACUAAUAAAAGAAAGAUUGCUUCUGAACGCCACAAAAUACGCCACACUACUGUAUGUAAGGAUAUAUAGCAUACCGUCGUAUUGUAGGGGAAAAUAUUUUGCAUGAGAAAUAAGCGCAGUGAACAUUACUAAGUACUAGGAGUUCGUUUGUUGGUAAGUUGUUAGUAUAGCUGUUGCGAACGGUAUCAAUGCUUCCGAUUGUUUUUUUUUUGUUCUUUGCGCUUUUUCAAAAAGUUUAGGUUUUUUUCGAACAAAACCACUAUAGAGAAAUAAAGCAUUUUCUUAAUGUA